AUGGUUCGAACCCUGCCUUGCCCGCCGGAUGAGAAGCGAAGCUCCGCCAUGCAUUCCCCCAGAUCUUCCUCGACGAAACCCACGCUACCUCAUACCCCAAUCCCGAAUCACCACCAAGGUGGUGAUUUUUCCAACUUGUCUACUCCAGCAGGUCAGAUCAGUGACCUGGGCAACAUCGUCAAGUUGACAGACCAAACUCCCCCUACGCCUUCUAACGACCGUCACGAAAUUCACGAAUUCACGACCCCUUCUGCGCAGCGCCAGCAGCAGCGGAGGCAAGCGCGAAACACUACCCCAGAUCCAGCUGAGAGACCGGCCACUCCAGCUUCGUCCCAACUCUCCCACCGCACUCUUCGUCGUACGUCGCGAUCCGUUGCAACUCCAAGUCCUACGCCUCAGUCAGCGCGCCAGGUCCACAUCGAAGCCGCCUCAGUAGGUUUCAGUCCCAAACCACAGAUUGCGACCGCGCCUGCGCCCACGCCAGCACUUGCACCUGCGCCGACAUUCAAUUACGACUACCCACAAACCGUCGCUCCCCACGACCGACGAAAUUCACGUGCGCGAAGAGUUCUCUCACAGGAUCUGAGCGAGGACUUUGACGAAGAGUCCUCCGACGAAGCUCUGCUAUUCCGAGACCCGACAUUAUCGUCUUCUCACACCCGACGAGAGUCUCACCGACCUCAUCGUGUUUCCAGAAAUACUCGCAGUGCCAUCCUCUUUGCUCUUGAGGAAGCUCUUCGGCAACCCACUUUGUUCACGCCUGACGAAAUCGAAGAAGGCGCAUCCAUGGCUGACCUAAUCGGAGGCGGCACUGCCGCUUCCAACGGUAAUGCCUCAGCUUCCUCCCGACAGCGCACUACUGGUGCCCCCAACCCUACCAGUUCGCCUUCUGGAAUUCGUGGUCCUAGAAUGAUCAUGCAGGAGCGCGCUGCUAGAGAGGCAGCCCGUCAGAGAGCCGAGCAGGAACAGUUGCAGUUGGAGAGACAGCGAGCCGAGCAGGAAGCUCGCCUAUUGGAGGAGACGCAGAAACGGAAUGCGGAGCGCCGAGCUGCCACCGCCGCUACUGGCGCUGCCGGAGGGGGAACAGCUGGUGGCGCUGCUAAUGUGCCCCAGCAGGACCCCACCUCUCACCGGCGACCCGUAGCAACCGAAACCACACAGACCCGGACCAACCCGGGAGGAAGUUCCCGCCAGCCUACGAUAUCUCAGCCGCAGACUCGACACGGACGGACGGCGUCGACCUCUCAGCCUGGUCAGCAACCAUACAGCACAGCCCCGCAGGCCAGCACCACUCAGCAGCCUGCCAAUCCUUCCGCCCAGGGAGUUCAGGAGUCUGGCGCUUCGGGAUCGAGACCUAGAAAUUCCUUUCCCCACGCGUUUGAGCGUUGGGAAACCUUGUCGGCUCACUGGGAGGGCCUCACUAGCUUCUGGAUCAGGCGACUUGAGCAGAACAACCAGGAUAUCGAGCGUGAUCCUGUCAACCAGGCGCUCUCUCGUCAGGUGACUGACCUUACUGCGGCCGGUGCCAACCUUUUCCACGCAGUAGUCGAGCUUCAGCGCCUCCGUGCUAGUUCAGAGCGCAAGUUCCAGCGAUGGUUCUUCGAGACCCGAGCUGAGCUGGAGCGCGCUCAGGAGGUCAACGCCAUGUUGGAGGCGGCCCUUGAAGAGGAGAGACGUGCUAGAGAAAACGCUGUCCAGGCCGCCAUCCAGAAGGAGCGCCAGCACUCAGCCAACGACGAACGUGUCAGAGAGAUGAAGAAGGAACUUCAAAUCUCCAAGGAGGAGGCUCGCCGUGCCUGGGAGGAGCUCGGUCGCCGCGAGCAUGAGGAGCGCGAGCGAACUCAAUCUCUGCAGAGCGGUCAGCCUACCAUUCUCGGUGGUGUACAGGUCGUCCCAAUGACUCAGGGUGUCCCCAGUCGCCACGGCAGCUCUCGUGAGCAGUACAGCGGCCAGCAGACCGGGUACGCUGGCGAUUAUUCUCAAGCCCCUAGCGGUCAACCCAUCCCCGCCAGUUCCGCCAACUUCUACCCAUCCGGGGACGCUGGUCAGGAGGGCGUCACUUACACAGGUGCUGGUUCCGAAGGUGGAUACUCUGAAGGUGAGUACGCUAUCGACGCGCAAGGCCACUUCAUUCGCGAUUCUCAGGGAAACAAAGUUCCCUUCAUUGCUCCACCUUCCCCAGUUUCUGACGAAGGUAUAGAAGAGUAUGAAACCCCGGCGACAAACCCUCCUAGUGCCGGCUACUUGCAGACCCCUACCACGUCCGCCGGAGAUCAACAGCAGCAGGCAGCCACUCAAGACUACUCUGGCUCGGGCUAUGCUGCUCCGGGCUGGGAAACCGUCCCUAGACACCAUCACCCGACUCGCUUGAGUGAUGUCAUGGAAGAGGAUGAGCGCAGCCGCGCCAGCAACAGUCAAGUUGGCCGACACUAG